AAGUGGAUUUCACACACCUAACCAAAAACACAAACAAAAAGAGCACGAGCGUAAUGAUGGCCAUUUUCACAAUCUUUAUUAUAUGACCAAAUCUUUGUAUGACCUCUCCUCCUUCCUCGCCACCAAAACCUCCACUCUCUGCUUCUUCUCUCUCUUUCUUCCUUACCCAAUGCUCUGUUUCUGCAUCACAGGCAAUAAAAUCUCCCAAAAAAAAAAAACAUGGGUUUUUCUGGUUUUCUUCUUCUUCUUCCCCUCUGUGCUCUCCUCUUCUUCUCCCAUGUCAGAGCACAGUCCAUAGUUCCUGCAAUCAUCAUUUUCGGCGACUCCAUUGUCGAUGUCGGAAACAACAACUUCUUGCUCACAAUUGUCAAGUCUAAUUUCCCUCCUUAUGGUCGAGAUUUCAUCAACCGUACCCCAACCGGUAGAUUCUGCAAUGGAAAACUGGCAGUAGACUUCUCUGCUGAGUAUACGGGCUUCUCUUCGUACCCGCCAGCUUACCUUAGCCCGCAAGCAACCGGCCAGAAUCUUCUUAUAGGAGCUAACUUUGCUUCUGCAUCUUCGGGAUACUACGAUGCCACAGCUGCAUUAUUCGGUUCGAUCCCACUGACCCGGCAGCUGAACUAUUACAAGGAGUACCAACACAAAGUUACCAACAUGAUAGGAACCAACAGAGCACAUAACUUGUUCUCUAAAGCUAUCCACCUCGUGAGCGCAGGAUCUAGUGACUUCCUUCAGAACUAUUACAUAGAUCCCGUGCUCAAACUCCUGUAUUCACCUGACCGGUUCUCAGAUAUUCUCAUGAGAUCCUACUCAGACUUCAUCCAGAAUCUGUAUGGACUAGGAGCGAGGAGGAUCGGAGUGAUAUCAUUGCCACCAAUGGGGUGUUUACCGGCAGCCAUCACGCUCUUUGGUCUUGGAAGCAACAAUUGUGUAGAAAGGUUGAACAAUGAUGCAGUCAUGUUCAACAACAAACUCAAGGACACAUCUCAAAGCCUAAUCAAGAAGAAUCCAGGCCUCAAGCUUGUUGUCUUUGAUUCCUACCAACCUCUCUUAGACAUCAUCACAAACCCAAGUGAUAAUGGAUUUAUUGAGACCAGAAGGGCAUGUUGUGGGACAGGAACAAUAGAGACCUCCUUCCUUUGUAAUUCUCUAUCUAUAGGAACAUGCUCAAAUGCAACAGGAUACGUGUUUUGGGAUGGAUUCCAUCCAUCGGAAGCCACCAACGAGAUCUUGGCCGGUCAACUACUCGGACAAGGGAUCUCUCUAAUCUCUUGAAGCCUAUUCCAUCCCAGAUAGGCACUAAAACUGUACACUGACAUAAAUUUUUAUAUGUCUCUUCUCUUACUCUCUCUAUAUGUGUCUGUAUGUAUGUAUAUGUGUGAGAGUGUUCCAGUGUGUGUAGAGACGUUAAACCCGGCUCAUGUGUGAUGGUUUUUAGGUCCUAGAUUUGCUGAAUGGAUUACAGUUCUUGUGUGCUA